CCGGCGCGUCACGCGGUCCGGCGACGCCAACGGCCGCCGGGGAGUUGCCGUUGGGGACGCCGGGGGCUGGCGCGGGCUCUGCUGCGGCGCUGCUUGUGUACGCGAGGGCCGCGGCUGCCGUAGGCGCGGGUGAAGCCGUGCGGGUCUCGCUGGAGCGGAGGCGGUGAUCGCCUGGUUUCUCCUCCCCGGUUCCCCCCUGCGGCGCGGCCAUGCCCGCGGGCGUGUCUUGGCCGACCUACCUGAAAACGCUGGGGGCGAGUAUGCUGGCCAUGUUUGCGGGUGCAGAGGUCGUGCACAGAUACUACAGACCUGACCUUAGUAUACCUGAAAUACCUCCUAAGCCUGGAGAACUGAGAACAGAACUGCUGGGUCUAAAAGAAAGAUCAAGCCAAGUUCAAACUUCACAGCAGUGAUCACGAUUUACUUAAGUUGUGAAGACACACUAUAAAAAUUGUUCAACUGCAAAGGGAAUUUAACAGUUUUCCAGUAAGAUCUCACAGGACUUUGCAAUCUUUACUACAAAUCUGACUGUGAAAUACUCUACUCCCUUAGUACUGUUUUCCUGUUUCUUUAUAGUAGAAUUACAGGUAAUAUAAAAAUAAAUGUAUUAAGAAUACAGUUGUUAAAAGUCCAGAGUUGUACACCACACUUCUGACUUUUUGGUUGCAGUGUAAGUAUCCUUCAGAGCAGUAAAAGAUGUAAAUUUA